AUGUCAGAUAACAACUCAAUAGCUGGUGGUAAAUCCUUGAGGCUUCACAUCAAUGAAAAGUUCAUUAUAGUGCAGGUUCUGGUGGUGAUUUUCCUUUCCAUCAAUAUGUUGCUCAUUGUGACCUUUUUUAAAAAGGAGAGCUUCUACACAACUGCACGCUACAUCUUAUUUGCUGUUACACUACUGUCUGAUAGCUUAAUAUUAUUCAUGUCUGAUAUUCUGCUCAUCCUGACCUAUUUCCGUUUUACUAUGCAAAUUGGCUUAUGCAUCAUUAUCUAUAUUCCUUUGUCUCUGUAUACUUUUGUCACCCCAGUUACUCUGACAGCAAUGACCCUGGAGCGCUACGUGGCUAUUUGCAUGCCCCUGCGUCAUGGAGAGCUGUGCUCCACUCGUAACGCUCUGAACAGCAUCCUCGUCAUUCACGGCCUCAGCUCUGUACCCUGUAUUGUUGUUCUCUCCAUCUUCUUUGCAUCUGCCUCCCAUAACUUGUAUACCCAAUACAGGAUAUGCUCCAUGGAUAUAUUUGUCUUUCUCCGAUGGCAGGAUCACAUUAAGUUAGCUGUAUAUCAGAGCUACUUCUUAAUCAUGUCUGUCACCAUUAUUUUUUCUUACAUUGGAAUAGUGAAAGUGGCCAAAGCUGCAUCAGGAGAGAACAAAAAGUCAUCAUGGAAAGGUCUCAGAACGGUAAUUCUUCAUGCCUUCCAGCUGCUGCUCUGUCUCAUCCAGCUGUGGUGUCCAUUCAUAGAAACUGCUAUAUUCCAGAUUAAUUUAAUGUUAUACAAUAAUGUCAGGAUCUUUAAUUACAUAACUUUUUAUCUUGCUCCAAGGUGUCUGAGUCCUCUCAUUUAUGGCCUUAGGGAUGAAAACUUUUUUCGUGCAUUGAAAUACUAUGUCCUUUUUGGAUAUUACUGUGUAAAAAACAAUGUGCCCUAA